ACAGACACAGGCCACAGCUGCCAUCGAUAACAUCACAUUUACGGAGUUGCACCAGAGCAGAUCCUAGGGCAGCUGUGCACACCAGCCAUGAGGAAGCAGGCACCACUGGAAGAUGUUGAGUGGGUCUAUACUGAUCAGCUGCAUAAUGAUCGACGUCUGGAGAUAUUGGCAAAGUAUCCGGAGAUAAAGUCCUUGAUGAAACCCAACCCUGACCUGAUCUGGAUCAUAGUCGUGAUGCUUCUCGUCCAGUUGGCUUCAUUUUACUUAGUCAAAGACUUGGACUGGAAAUGGGUCCUAUUUUGUGCCUAUGUAUUUGGUGGCACUAUUAACCACUCACUAAUUAUAGGUUCUCAUGAGAUCUCUCAUAAUUUCCCCUUUGGCCACCACAAGGCGCUGUGGAACCGCUGGUUUGGAAUAUUUGCUAACCUCCCUAUUGGGAUUCCAUACUCGGUUUCCUUUAAGAGAUACCACAUGGAUCACCACCGCUACCUCGGGGCUGACGGCAUCGAUGUGGGUGUUCCUCAUGAUCUCGAGCGCUGGUUCUUCUGCACCGCUUUCAGGAAGCUUGUCUGGAUUGCUUUGCAGCCUCUCUUUAUUAUUUUUAGACCUCUACUUAUUAACCCCAAACCAGUUUCUUAUCUGGAAAUCAUCAAUGCUGUUGUUCAGAUCACUUUUGACAUUUUAGUUUACUAUGUUUGGGGAAUUAAAUCUUUAGUCUACAUGCUGGCAGCCUCGCUGCUUGGUCUGGGUUUGCACCCAAUUUCUGGCAAUCUUGUAGGGGACCAUUUCAUGUUCUUAAAGGAGCAUGAAACAUACUCCUAUUACGGGCCUCUGAACUUAUUCAUCUUCAAUGUGGGCUAUCAUAACGAACACCAUGACUUCCCCAACAUUCCUGGAAAAGACCUGCCCUUGGUGAGGAAAAUAGCAGCUGAAUACUAUGACAAACUCCCCCAUCACAUCUCCUGGGUCAAACUCCUGUAUGAUUUUGUGAUGGAUGACACAAUAAGUCCCUAUUCACAGAUGAAGAGGCUUCCAAAAGGGAAAUAGCUUUUAGAGCUAACACUGUCAAGUGCCAAAGCAAAAUCUGCAAAGAUUUUUAAUUGUUGAUAAUAUGGACUUUUUUCCUUGUUAAAAUUAAGAGCUGUCAGAAGCCAUCUAGGAAAAGCUACUUAGCACAGAUUUUUGUCAAGAGACAAAUCAUCUGGCUUGUGUCUUAUUAUUUUGAAAUCUUGUAUAAGACUAGUAUGCAAGCAAGUGAGUUUCCUGGUGAUGACCCACUGUUUUGCAUGACUGUAAUGGAUGCACUCUGGAAGUCCUCAGGGUCCUCAGAAACUUCAUCCCAGGGUUGCCUCUUGCUUCCCAUAUGCCUUUCCUGCCAUUCUUACAUAGCCUAGUGAUUCCUGGAAAUCUGCCAACCCUUAGGCAGAUUUCCUGUAGAAUCAAUAUGAAGAUGGUACUUUCAUGUAGUUAUAAUGUAUAGAUGAACUGAUGACUUCAUUUUCCUGUUUAUAAAACUUCUAAAUUGAUACAAGUAAUCUCAAGUCUCCUAUAGAACAAAAGCUGCAAAUGGACCUUCAUGUGUCACAGGCUAAUUACAUUAGAGAAAGAAAACAGCCUUGGAACAAAUUCCAUCUAGGUUAGGAAUGAAGCCACAAUCUGGCAACUAAGGGUCAUAAACUGAGAAUGGGAAACUUAUUGUAGGUGCAAGGACAAAACAUAAAUGAUGGACUAAUACUAGUCUUAUACAAGAUUUCAAAAUAAUAAGACACAAGGCAGAUGAUUUGCCUCUUGACAAAAACCUAUGCUAACUAAUGACAUAAAAAUGAUUGCUACAAACUUUUAAUGAAUGAAUGGAGCUAGUAACAGAUAAUGUUUAGUCAGGUACAAAAAUUAUUACUUUAAACUUUUAAUGAACUUAUGGAUCUAGUAACAGAUAAUGCAUGUUUAGUCACAUACUAGCCUAAUGGAAAGACAUAAACAAUUCUGUUGUGAUUCCUUAAGCCUUAUUUAACUAUGUACUUAUGGAAUGUAAAAAAUGCUUAGAAAACCAUGUGAUCAAUUAUCUUGAGAAAGUAUAAGAACUAAGAACAAUAAAAUGGCAGUGCAACCUUCUUCAGCUUCAUCCAGUAUGCUUGUAUCUAUGUGUGCCU